GCAUCACACAGCAGCCCCUGCCUCUCCGAACACACACACAGUGUCUCACACCGCCGGAGUGAGCCGUCAUUUGGAUAAUAUCACCACAUCUACUGGGACAGGCUUUUUCUUUUUGAGCUGCUUCGCUGAAAGGUAAGCUGUGUUUUAUUUUCUAUCAUUGUUUCAGAAGCCAGAGUGACCUCUUCGCGGUGAUUUCUGCAGCAUCCAAGCGGGGGGACUGAAAUUAGCCCCCCAAAAAACUCAUUUGGAUGAAAUUUUGACUUAUUUUGGUGCCACAAAAUAGUCAGAAUUGUCCUGUUGGUCAGAACGAGGGUGCAGAGAUGUGAGCCAGGUUGUGGUUUUGGUAAAAGUUUCUCAGAAGCAGUGAUGAGCAGACAGAGUUAGCUUACAGUCAAAACAGCUAAACAGCCUAUUUUUUGAAAAGUGACAUGUUUUCUAAUAACAUUUAACAGCUUCACUUCCUAUAGAGGAAACAGCUUCAAUCUCAUUGGAAGCUGUAAGAAAAGCUGGAUGCUAAUAGAAAAUUUAAAGGCCUCUUUUAUUUUUUAAAAAUAUUUUAAGUAUAACAGAUAAAAAUGAUCACCAAAAAAAGUCAAAAUCUCUUAAUAACAAAAAAAAAUGCUUCUAAAAAUUAAAAAUAAAAAGAUUUCUAGGCAAAGUGAGUGUAAACUUUGACUCUGACUGAACUGAAAUUAUUCACCAUUAGAAGAUCUUGCAAAAGGAUCCAAAAUAGACCGAACGAUGCAAAAUAAGCUGGAAAUAAAAGUAAAGUUAGGUGUGUAUUUCUGCAGAAAAGGGUAUCCCAGUGAGGACCAUGUGUUAUACAAUUUAUAGGCCUUUAAACUUUGUAUUAACUUUAAUCAAUUCAGAUGCUAAGGAUGUGUGAAAUAAUGUGUUGUCUUUCCUGUAUUCUGCUCCUUAUAAAUCAACAGAUUCAGUCUUUAAUGGUUUAAUAAUUGCAGACAAAACGUUACAACUCUUAUAGAUUUAAACCAUGAGGUGAAUUGUGUCAUCUGCUCUUUUAAAAUUCCCAUUUCAUCAAAUUAAUUCUCAUGACAUGCUUUUAUUUUUAACAACUGUUUUAAAAAAAUAUUCUGGGUGCUUUUAUUGUGAUAAAUCUUGCAAAGUUAAAUUUAAAAAAUGGCAUGGUAACAUCUGUCUACAUUUUCCAACAUACAUAGAUGUCAGUGAAGAAGACAAAAGCUAAUGAAAGCUGACUGUGAACAGUGGGCAACAGUGUGGAUGUUAUUAAAACUUAACACCUAAAACAGUCACUUCAGCUGUCAAAACAGGCGUGUAACAGACUGUGACAAUCUGGUGAAUAUUGGGUUCAUAUUGACGACUCCACUCAGCAGGUUAUCAAAUUUAUAUAGGCUACAGUUGAACUGAUCAUUUUUGUGAAUUUUUUUUUACUGGGGUUUUGCGUCACCUUUAUCAAGUUAAACAUCAAACUCUCCUGAAAAAAUUGUCAGUUUGAUUGAUUAUAUAUAAAAAAUGUUACAUCAUGUCUGUAAAGACUCACUGAGAGGAGAAACCCAACAUAGAGAAACAGUUUUCUCAAGUAUUCACUGAGUUGAGUCCCUGAUCAUUUGUUAGAUUGGCUUGUGUCCGUGGUGUUUAAUGUCUUUUCAUAUAAUUUUAGUUUUUAUUCUUGAGACUAAAAAUAAAACUCUGUCCAAGAUGAUUAAUGAGGCCAGUCAAUCUUUAUCACUAAGCAGUUAAUAAAGGAGACAUUUACUUGGAACAGGAGCAGCAGCCUUCUGGGUAUAAGCCGCACAGAGAGGGGAGCUCUUAUAUUAAAAAUAGCGGUCAUUCAGUUUCAUAUAGUAGUUUUCGGUAAAUACAUGAGCAUAGGUUUGUUCUGUAUGAAGUUAGGUUAGUAAACAGCUUUAAAAGGCAGACAUAAGUGAUCUGAAGUCAUUAUUCAGCUGUGUUUCCCUGCAGAGAGCCACCGUGAACACCAGCUGAGCGUUUGUUCUGUACCAGCUCUCAGGCGUCACACAUGACAAACAGCCACUUUCAUGAACCUCUGUGUUGUCCUGCAGCGUGUGCUCGACGGUGCGUUCAGGAGCACACUCAUGCCAGACGAGGCAGGCUGGGGAGUAAAAACACUUUAAAGUGGGACACCGUGGAGGAGAACGUCACGUUCAGCUGGUGGAGCAGAGAGCACAAACUCAGGGAAAUGUCCAGCAACAGUGGGAGAGGUAAAUACACAACACUGUUUUCGGCAGGAAACGUCCACCCAUCAAACCCCCCUUAUUUUUUGUGAUGUGAGUCAAAGAAAAAAAAGUAUAUAUAAUUUUUUCUUCAUAUAUAUAGAGACAAAAAGCAGUUUGUACAUUUACAUCUUAUUGUUUUCUGUAGGAAUGAAAGAAAAUAUCAAAUCAGUCUGUCACCUGAUCCUGAAUUGAUUCUCAAAAUCUGUUUUCAUAUUUUGACCUUCAAAAAUUGCGUUAUAUUUUUUCUAAACAAACAAAAAGAAUGGUUUGAGAUGUAUUGCUAUGAUAGUGCUAUGUUGGUUGUAACAGAGUAGUAAAUCCAAUGCAGAUCAAAAUGUUCUGAUGAAAAAUUCAACCAUUUUUACAGAUUUAUGCAUAAGACAGUCUUUUAAAAUAGACUCCAAAAUCUCAUUCUCACUUCAUUUACAGUUUAGUAUGUUAGUGCUAUACACUGAAUUAUCACCUCUGCAUCCUAUACCAUCAUCUGUAAUAUUGCUAACAACUGACCCUAGGUAUACGCUAGAUUAUUUCAAACAGCUUUCAUAAAAUAGUUGUAAAAUAAAUUCAAAGUGAUGAAACAGUGCUGUGUAGUGUUGUUGUAACACAAAGUAUCUAAAACUUUAAUUAAUAACAUUAUCAAGUAUAUCUGCCAUAUUUCUACCCUAUAUGAAGUGAUCAGCCUCUCAUUUCCGUCACUGUAGUAUUUAGAGUUUUGUCCACAUUUGAAAAAAUGUAGCUUGAAUUAUUUGAUAUUUUGCAACCCUCUUCGACAAGUUCUUAGUCACCCUCAGGCAGCAACAAAUUUAACAUAAGUUUGUCAAAAUUUAACAAGGAUGGAAAAAUGUAGGACAUAAAUUUUUAGUAGGCUGUAGUCAUACUAUAUAUAUAUAUAUAUAUAUAUAUAUAUAUAUAUAUAUAUAUAUAUAUAUAUAUAUAUAUAUUAAUAUUGAAAGUCAAGAGGUGACCAAACAGCAGUUGGAGAUAUGAGGACAAAAAGUCACCAGGCCUUCAAUUCACAAUUAACCAGAUGAAAACUCUACUUUGGACUCACUUGCCAAAUAAAGAGGGGAAACUCUCUUUCUCUCUGUGAUUUCCACUCGUUGUUUGGUCACUGUUAAAGUUCAGAAAGUCUGUGGACUAUUUGAAAUUCUUGUAUCAAUAGUUGUAAAUAAAGUUGUGUUGGUUUGAAUCUGUUAAAUUCAGCCAAAUAAUAUUUUUUGAAAUAUCAAGGGGGUUAUUUCUGUCAAAAUACUUUCUUCUUUUUUAAUUUACUCUAUCUCUGUGAAGUUGCUUCGUAAACUCACGCUUUGUUGUUCUUGUUCUCGCGGUGUCCACAUACCGUCCGCGUGCACGUGCAUGGUGCGCUCGCUCGCUCGCCGCCCCCCUCGGCUCUGCUCCGCUUUAAUAUCCUGCAGGUUGAUGAAGCUUGGCGGGGAGAUUUUUUUCCACACUCCGCUGGCAGCGUUAAUAGAGGCUCCCCCCUCCUCCUCCUCCUCUCUCUCCUCUCCCGCUCUCCUCCCCUCUCCCUCUCCCUCUCUCGGCCUAGUCCGGCUUGUUUGAUGUGGAAAUGAAAGCUGGGAAAAGGCUGAAAGAGAGAAGCGUCUCAAUGGGUUACAUUAAAAGCGAUGGUGUUCUUGCAGAGUCACCACCGUGCAGUCUAUGGAGAACAUGGAGGAGGCGCGAGCCCUGCGUCUGUCGUGGGGUUGACCCUGUUUUUUGGCUUUUGACGUUUUUUUGGAGUGACCAGAAUUUGACAGAUCCUCUGCACACACUAAAGCAUACGAUAACCUAGUGUAUUUACGUAGUCUGUGUAUCGUAAUUAUUUAAGGUUAAAUUGUGAGCAUUGGCAUGAGUGUUGCAUGUCCUACAGCAGUGGGCCUAUUGUGUGAUGGGAAAGUAUCUUCUCCAUCUUUUUGUCACAUAAGAAGUUUGUGGAGACAGUUUAAUGUUAUACAAUGAAUCAGUCAUGUGCCAGAGUAAAAACAUAAGGGAAAGGACCCAAAUGCAGAAAAAAAAAAUUAUUUAAAAGAACAAGAUUUAAAAAAAAAAAAAAAAAAAAGGACAAGAAGCACUUGUGAAGUAUUAAAGUGUUAAACAUGCAGGGAAAAGCAGUAAUACAUGAGGGAACGAACCACCAGAGGCAAGCUAUUUUAGAAAAAUCCCACCUGUGAAGAAAAACGUUCUUGGGGUCUUGGGAUGAUGACUGUUGUGAAUUGGCGCUAUAUAAAUAAAAUUUGAUUUGAUUGAUGAAUCAAAAUCCAAAAAAAAACAAAAACCACAGGGGACACAAGCGUGCACACACAUUGGCAAACAUACAUAAAAUGAACCAACCAGGACAGAGGGGAAGACAGAGACUAUAUACACACAGGGAAACGAGCAACAGGUGAGGCUAACGAGACACAGGUGAAACUCAUCAUGGGUGAUUAACAAAGGAGGGAAAACUAGGGAAGUAAAACAAGACUAGAAACAUGAGGAAUAUACUACAAAAUAAAACAGAAAACACUGAAAACUGAUCUAAAGAAUAAAACACAGAGAACAGGAGAGAAACAGGGUCAAACACAAACUGAAAACUGAAACAGAAUCACCGGGGGAAAUACACAGAGUACACUGAAAUAAAACCAGGAACAUAUCUGAACAGAACAUAUCAUAACAGAAUUAAAUAUACAGAAAGACACAGCAGGCAAACAAAGUAAGCAGCAUAAAUGGAAAAGAAAAACUGUCAAGAAGAGACUGAAAAAAGGAAAAAAAAUCAAUGUAAUGGAGGUUAAAUUUUUCAUUUGGUAAACAACAGUGCCUUCAAAUAUGUCUCUUGUAAAUAUGUUUACUUUUGAUGUCCUAGCAUAAAAAGGACUCCUCACUGAAGCACAAAGAGAGACGUGACACAAUAGUGUCGUAGCAAAAAAGUAGCAAAUAUGUGUCCUACAUAUGAGAACUGAGAGAGCAGGAAUCAGACUAUAAUUUUAUAUAUAAUUAUAUAUAUAUUGGAGUUGUUACAGGUGCAUAUAAAACAGUAUACAGUAUUUAUCUUUUUAAUGUGAAAGCACAGAUAAGUUUGGACCCUAAAUAUAUGACACUUUUCUUAAAUGUCAGUGAAAGUAAUGAGACAUUUUACAAAUAAUUAUUUUGAACUUUAUCUAGUGUUACCGUCCAAGAUCCUAAAACUUUAUUUUGGAUCCCAGUUGAUGCCACAUACAGGCUUAAGUAAUUUUCUGUCCUGGUUUCUGCUUGUUUAAUGUAGAUAUUUAACUAUAAGUGCAGUUGUAUAGUUUAAACAGUGUUUGAGUAUCAGCGUAUUUAAUCCAAAGUAAGUUUAUUUUAUGAAACCUGUCUUGGUAUCUUGUCUAUUUUUUAUUUCCAUUGUCCCCGGCCGGAAAUGUAGCAGCUGGCAUCGGUCUAACUGUCCGUUGUUCAUGACAUUUAUAAGUGUUCAUCCCCCCUCCCCCCCCAGGUCAUGGGGGUCUUAACCAACUAGGUGGAAUGUUUGUUAAUGGCCGCCCGCUUCCGGAGGUGAUCCGGCAACGCAUCGUGGACAUGGCCCACCAAGGGGUUCGGCCUUGUGACAUCUCACGGCAGCUCCGAGUCAGCCACGGCUGCGUCAGCAAGAUCCUGGGACGGUGAGCAGUACUUGACUUAACUUUGACCUCUUGCAGCCUAUUUGCCUUCGAAACCACAACUAAAAACUUGAUUUUUUUUCGUUCAGUUACUACGAGACAGGAAGCAUCAAACCCGGCGUGAUCGGCGGCUCCAAACCCAAGGUGGCCACCCCGAAGGUUGUGGAUAAAAUCGCAGAGUACAAAAGGCAAAAUCCCACCAUGUUCGCCUGGGAGAUCAGAGACAGGCUGCUGGCGGAGGGAGUGUGUGACAGCGACACGGUGCCCAGCGUGAGCUCCAUUAACAGGUGACAAACUGAAUUAUGAAUGAAAUCCAGUCAGAGGUACAAAUGGGCUUCUGUGGAGAGGCAGGAUGUGGAUAUUGAACGACUUCAGUGUCAGAAAAAAUUGGAUUUGGUGCAACAUUUCUCACCAAACAACUAGUAAAAAUUAUAAUUAAUAUAUUCCUCCUGUUUCAGAAUAAUUCGAACCAAAGUCCAGCAGCCGUUCAACCUCCCUCUGGAUGGCAAAGGCCUGAGUCCUGGACAAACCUUGAGUGAGUCUUGACCAUUUACAAACACACAAACACAUAUCACAGUCUGACCACAUGACGGUCAGGGAUUAAGGUUAAAGAUUAAAGGGCAUGCUCGUCGUUGUGUGGGAUUAAGUGCAUGGCGUUGGGGUAACAAGACUACAGUGGGAUGUUGACGGGAUCAUUUCCGCUCUGUCUGAAAUCUGUCUGUGUUUUCUCUCUGUCUGUGUGUGUGUCAGUCCCCAGUUCGGCUGUCACUCCUCCUGAGUCUCCACACUCAGACUCUUUGGGCUCCACCUACUCCAUCAGUGGCUUGUUAGGUAUCCCCCAACCCACCGCUGAGGGCAAGAGGAGCCAUGACGACAGUAAGAAUGAGAUCUUUUUAACAACCAGCUUGAGAAACUGAGAAAUUCAGUAUUCCUAAUGUUCUAUCAGUGUAAGUGAAAUGCUCUAUAGUCUUGUGAGGCUCAAACUUCUUCUCUUCUAGGUGACCAGGAGAGCUGUAGGCACAGUGUGGACUCUCAGGGCAGCGGGGGCGUCCCAAGAAAACAGAUGAGGGUGGAUCACUUCUCAGCAGCCACCCAACAUCUGGACUGUGGGUUCGAUCGUCACCACUAUCCAACGGACUCAUUCGGCGCCACGUCAAGCAGCAAAACAGAACAGGUUAGAUCCAAGUCUACCUGUGGAUUAUUUUCAGUCUCAGUGUUCGGAGCCUUGCACCUCGACCUGCACAUGCGACAUUUUCCUCCCUCUCAACAAUAGCUAAUCUCUGUUUUUCAUCUGCAGACUUUGUACCCACUAUCCCUCAUCAAUGGCAGCCUAGAAGAAGCCAAGACCAGUCUCUCAACAUCCUCGUCUGCCAUUGGCCGGAACCUGGCGGCACACCAGAGCUACACGAUGGUCACCGGUGAGAAACUUUGACCCACAUGCAUCUUGAAACCGCUCACGUUCUGUUUGUUUUCAUCGUUUUUUUUUCCACCGUAGUUCAGCUCAUGCUCACCAUUUCCAUUUUCUCACCCGCCUGCUCUCAUCCCCGCUCGCCGUUGUCACCUCAGAGCCCCUCCAGUCGCUGCCGCUCUGUUUGAAACAGGAAAUGUCCCCGGAAGUGACGAGCACAAGCCCCUCCCCAAACAUGGCAGCUUCCAACCUGGCGUUUGUGGAGCUGCAGGCUCUGCAGAAGCCCGUUUCUGUCAGCAGCAGCAACAGUUGCGGCAACGCCAACCAUUUCCCCAAUGCCUUCAACUCAUUUUCCCAUCAUGCACCUGUGUACGGGCAGUUCAGCAGCCAGCCUAUCAUCUCAGGUAACGCAGGGAUCCAUCCCAUCUUCAUGUUUUUUAAUGCCAUUGAUCACUCUGCCUUUCAUUUGACCAGUUUUCAAUCAAUUUAUCCAUCAAUUCUGUUUUUAAAAAUGCUAGAAUAUUCCUUACAAAACACAACUAUUUAGAUCUCCAAAGCAGUCAGCAUUUCCAACCAAUCAAAUUCUUGCAUUCCUACCGUCAAAUGGUGCCUUCACUGACUAUCAGUUUUUAGAUGUUCGUACAUAAACCAAACAAUCCGUCCUUUUAGCUUUUCCUUGUAUUUGAGCCUCCAGGCUGUAACCAAACAAAACAGUGAUUGAAGUUGAUGUUCAAGUUGCGCAUUUAUGUGUGUUUUUUCAGGGCGUGACAUGGUUAGCUCCACUCUGCCAGGUUACCCGCCUCACAUCCCCUCCCCCGCCCAGACCGGAUACACCUCCUCGGCCAUCACAGGCAUGGUAGCAGGUAAGAGAGCGGUUUUAAGCUUGUUUUAUUCAGAGGACAAGUAAAGGAUUAAAGUAGGUCACUUUUUAAAAAAGGGGCGGGACCGUCUGAGUCAGACAGAAGAAAGGACGCUAAAGAGGAUGAGGGAGGAAGGAAAGGAUGAAGGGGAAAGGAGGCAGGGGCGAGGGUUUGUAGAUUAACAGAAAAUCAGGCUGAGUCAAUGACUAGUUCUGCCAGGGCGCUGUGUGUGUAGGUGUGUGUGUGUGUGUGUGCGUGUGUGCGGGUGCACAUGGGCCCAGGGGGUACGGGGAGCAGGCUGGGGGUUCCGCCCUGCUGCCCACACCCCCCACCCAGACACCUCUGACCACACAUCGCCAUGGGAACCAGGGGGCCCAGGAGGGAGAUGCAGGGUGGGCAGAGAGCAGAGGGAGGGGGGGGUUAAAGUCUGGGUAUGAGUGAAGAGGAGGAGGUUUUGUGUGUAUCUGAGUGUGUGUGUGUGUGCGAUAUCAGGAUGCCUGCAUACGACCAGGGAGAGAGAGAGAGAGUGUGUGUGUGUGUGUGUGUGUGUGUGUGUGUGUGUGUGUGUGUGUGUAUGUGUGUGUGUGUGAUGUGCCUUUUUUAUUUGAAGUCUGCCCUCCGAAGCGCGAAAUGAGAGGGUCUGAUUUAUUAUUUUUCUGGUGGGCUCGCUGUGAGGAAGAGUUGCUACACAAUUACUGACUGAGGGGGGGGGGGGGGUUCAGGACAGAAGGAGGAGGAGGAGGAGGAGGAGGGAGCUUGGGGAUUCAUUCCAGCCGGCAUAAUUACCAAUUAGAUAUUGGAAUGUUAAAAAAAAGGAAAAAAAGAAAAAAAAGGAGUGCCAGAGAGGCAAAAGCAGGAAGUGGAAUAUGGACGGAGAGAAGAGGAGGAGGAGAAGGAGGAAGAGGAGGAGGGUAUUUGAGAGGGCAGAACUAAGAGGAGAGAGAGGGCGUAGAGGCUGGCUUCAUGCACGCACCACUGAGCCGAGGGAUUUUACCCUCAGACAUCCACCUGCACCACAGAUUAAUGGUUUACAGGCUGCACUAACUGUUGGUGAAUUAUGAGCUAAAGCCGAGCACAGACACACACAAAGAGCUGCCGGCGCUGAGUUGGCUUUGCGUUUUAAUAACAAAUGUUUCUUGCGUUGUUGUCGUUGUUGUUGUUGUCAGUGUUUGAUGAAGUUUUCUCUCUCUCUUGUGCAGCAGGUGCAGAGUACUCGGGUCAGACCUACAGCCACUCGCCGUAUACCACCUACAGCGACGCCUGGAGGUUCACCAACUCCUCUAUACUGGGUGAGCAAGAAAACACUGCGCUAAUGUUGUUGUUUUACAACCCCCUACACAUUUCUUCUCCCUAAUAUUUUGUCUCUUGUCCAGUAUGAGACAAUUUGUUUGACAAGCAUGAUUGAUUCAAGAAGGGAAACUCACCAGGAAGCAGCAUGCAAAUUGGCUUUGGUCACAUGUCUGCUAAUGCAGCUUUUAAGUGAGGGGUACUGUAUAGUGAGCAGGUAGUUUUGCUAAACAGAAUCCCAGCAGGGUGGUCAUAAUAAAGACCAUGAAGAAGAGUUACCAAGCCAUUACCAAGCUACCAACUUAAAGGGAUAUUCCGAUGUAAAAUUAAUUUAGGGUCACACUGCAACACCGAGUUAGACACCCCCUCAAGAGAUGAAUGUUGCCAACUGCUCACUUCUCUAGUUAUACCAACUUUAGUAAUGAUCGCAGGAUAGCAAUACACAGCGGUCCGAGGAGCCAUAAACAAGCCUCAACCAAAACGCUGCUCUAUAGCCACAAAUAAUGCUCGGAACAGCACCUAACUUCAUCAACAGUACAUAUAGGGUCCUAGCCACAGCAUUAGCCACCAAACAUCUUUUUAACUUUCCCUAAUUUCUUUCGCAAAGAGAUUAAACACAACUCACCAACUCUCUUCCAGCAGCCGCUUGUUUAUAGCGAGACCUCGGGCCAGUCCAUUAUGGACGACAGCAGGGUUAUGCAGCUCAAGGAAGAACAUUUAUGAUCUAUCUAUAACUAGAGAAGCAAGUGGUCGGCAACAUUCAUCUCUCGAGGGGGUGUCUAACUCGGUGUUAUGGUGUGUUUGACCCUAAAUUAAUUUUACGCCAGAAUAUCCCUUUAAGACUUAAAAGGUCGACGUUAUGAGCUGAAAAAAAGAUUUGAUAGUUUGUUGCAUUGCUAUGGCAACAGUCCUCUCAUCAGCCUAUCUGCCGAUUAAUUUAACAUUAAAUUUUACAAUUUCUUUAACAUUAAAAUCUUCACACCAGCUUUCUUUAGAUGUUAAAAAUCACAUUAGUUUUAAUAUUUUUAUUCACAGUAAACUCAAAACAUGAACUCUUUUCUAUUGGCAUUCGUAACAGGUGCUGAAAAUAACACCAGUACCUGUAAUCUUCUCACCCAGCUAGUCCUUCAACACUGCUGAAGCUCAUACUGUGUUGAGUUUUGAGGCUUCUUCGAUUGUCUCUGUCAGAAACUACAUUUGUUGCAAACCCUCUGCACCUGUGACUCCCACUCUCUCACCUUGUAGUUGAAGCCCUAGUUGUAGUGGUGGUGGCUGUGGUCGGUGUGCUGUUUCCAAUGCCCCCUCUCUCUCUCUCAUUCCUCCCUGCAUGUUCUGCCAAAUAAAAAGAAAUCCAGCUGUGAAACAAGAAAAUUCUGCUUGCAGCAUUUUCAGAAAAUCACACAGAUAAUUUGAAAGCUGUGAUUAUGAUCCUUUCACAUCUUCAUCGAAACAUCAGACUUUUAUAUUUUAUCAUUCAAGAAAAACAAAACACAGUCCAAGCCCUUCUUAGACUCUUUAAAAGUUAACGUAUAUUUCACCAGAUUUGAUCCAUUACAAAUCAAAAAUGUCUUUCAUCGAGGCGACAAUACAUCAUUUCAAUAACUUAUACGAAAACACAUUUUUAGUCAACGGUAACAACAUUGUUUUUUUAAUAUGGUUGCUGAGAAUCAUCCAAGCAAAAAUCUAGUUUUGCUCUGAUAAAGUGGACUCUGAAUUACUGCGAGACAGCUGUUUAUCAGGAAAGGAGCUUUAGAGAUACAGAGGUAUCUGGGUUCGUCUGCUCCUCUCCAGAGUCGCACAGUCUGGACAGAAAUGAAAGUCCUGCCGUUCUCUGAUCCCUUUAUUCCUUAUACGAGAAAUGAGAUGAGUUCAGUCUGAAUCUACUCACAGGACAAACAGAGCAGCUCAGACCCUGAGACCAUCUGCUGUAAAAACCUGAAGAUAAUAUGGAUCAAGAAACGUCUGAUCCACCGCCAGCGCCACUUUCCUCUUCUGACAGCCUCUUCAUGUGUGUCUCCCCCCGCAGGUUCACCAUAUUACUACAGCUCGGCCUCCCGCACCGCUCCUCCGUCUGCAGCCGCCUAUGACCACCUCUAGUCCCUGCUGCUGCGAGGGACUGGGACUCAGCUGUUUAUGGACCUGAACGGGACCAGAAAACUACAAACUGGAGAUCUUUGCAUCAGCUGACACGUGACGAAGGACCAAGGCAUGAAAGUCAAACCCGGGCGUGAACUUGAGACUGUGCUGAUGAACCAGCAAAACAUUUCACCUCCUCCUGUGUUAUUUAUUUGUCAUUAGUGAUACGGUUGCCAUGGUGACUCUGACUCAUGCACGUUUACACAUUGCGAACUCCCCACAGGACCACUUCAAGUUGCAGUCUCUUUUAACGCUUUUAGGCCAAAGACUGUUUCUCGCAGAUCUGCAACACACACCACUGAACAAGUCGAAAUAAGAUAUGCAACUUCUUUAUACCGAACUAUGCCUGCUUUUUGUUUACAAUGUUUUUUUUUUUGUUUGUUUGUUUUUUUCCUAUCAUUAGCUACAAAUUAAUCCCUCUCUCUUGGUCUACGUCUGCCUGUUUUCAUUGUAAAUUCAGACUUACAGAGCUCCUCACAUACACAACAAAGCGACAUGUUAAAUUACAAUUACUACUAAAUGGCCACAUCUGCCCCUCAAAGAUAAUUAAUGUAUUUGUCUAGCAAUAUGUACAUAUUGUAAAUGAUGAAUGACCUAUAAGGAAGUGAUGCAAUUUUUCUCAGAGAAUGACUGAUGAUGGUGAUUUGGCUACUUAAACCAACAAGGCUUGAAAUGCAUUUGUUUUGCGUCAAAUAAAUUUAGUUUGUUGUCAUGCUGAUGUUCUGAUGUUUGGUAAGAACUGUGACUAUUUUUUCUUAUACUGGUAUUAAUAUUAUUGCAGA